AUGGUGUACACCACUUCGGUCCCCACCACCACGGUGUACACCACCUCACCCCAUGCCACCUCACCCCAAGCCACCUCACCCCACGCCACCUCACCCCACGCCACCUCGGCCAACACCACCUCACACCAUGCCCCCUCACCCCACACCACAUCGGCCAACACUACCUCACCUGACACCACCUCACCCCACACCACCUCACCCAAGGCCACCUCGGCCAACACUACCUCACCCCACACCACCUCACCCCACACCACCUCAGCCAAUACAACCUCAGCCAAUACAACCUCACCCCACGCCCCCUCACCCCACACCACAUCGGCCAACACCACCUCACCCCACGCCCCCUCACCCCACACCACAUUGGCCAACACUACCUCACCCCACACCACCUCACCCAAUGCCACCUCAGCAUUCAGCAUUUCACCCCACACCACCUCACCCCACGCCACUUCACCCCACACCACCUCGGCCAAAACCACGGCCAACACCACCUCACCCAACACCACUUCACCCCACGCCACUUCACCCCACACCACCUCGGCCAAAACCACGGCCAACACCACCUCACCCAACACCACCUCACCCCACACCACUUCACCCCACACCACCACGGCCAAAACCACGGCCAACACCACCUCACCCAACACCACUUCACCCCACGCCACUUCACCCCACACCACCUCGGCCAAAAUCACGGCCAACACCACCUCACCCAACACCACCUCACCCCACGCCACUUCACCCCACACCACCACGGCCAAAACCACGGCCAACACCACCUCACCCAACACCACUUCACCCCACGCCACUUCACCCCACACCACCUCGGCCAAAACCACGGCCAACACCACCUCACCCAACACCACCUCACCCCACGCCACUUCACCCCACACCACCACGGCCAAAACCACGGCCAACACCACCUCACCCAACACCACUUCACCCCACGCCACUUCACCCCACACCACCUCGGCCAAAACCACGGCCAACACCACCUCACCCAACACCACCUCACCCCACGCCACUUCACCCCACACCACCACGGCCAAAACCACGGCCAACACCACCUCACCCAACACCACUUCACCCCACGCCACUUCACCCCACACCACCUCGGCCAAAACCACGGCCAACACCACCUCACCCAACACCACCUCACCCCACGCCACUUCACCCCACACCACCACGGCCAAAACCACGGCCAACACCACCUCACCCAACACCACUUCACCCACGCCAGCAACCUGUGCCGCUCGUAAGAGACUUAAUGAAUCUGAUGGUCAGACUUGGUGUCAUCGUAUGUUUGAAAAAAUACAGGCCAUUGUAAUAUAG